AUGAACCCAGGCCAAGAACAAAACCCACGCCCCCCUACUGAAAAAGGCCCAAGCUCCGAAAAAGAGCCGAGGCCUGAGAGAGCAGAGGCUCGGCCCGAGCGAGGAGACCCCAGGGUGGACGACGGGAGAGACUACAGGCCCCCGUACAACAAGCAUAGAAGGCGCACGUAUCGCCCAGCGCAAAGAGGUCCGCCCGAGGAGUAUCCGUACAGAACUUCUGACGGGCCGGACGGUGGAAAUGGCUACUUCAGAGGAUACAGGUCGUAUGCGCCUCCAAUGUACCAGCCCAAUAGAUAUCCUUCGUACAGGCGGGACCCUCGCGCAAACUACGACCCGUAUCCAAGAAGGCCGCACAUGAGAAACGACCGGUCGUGGGGGCCGCACUACAACGACUACCGGCCGCGGGCAUACUACAGAAGAAGGCCUGGCGCAAUAGAUCCGGUGCCUGUAAACAUACUUAGCAUUUUUGGGCUCGACACAAAAACAACAGAGGAGGAGCUGAAACAUUGGAUUGCAGAAAAAGCCGAGGGCAUUCAAAGCACGAAGGUGGACUUGAUUUUAGACAAAUAUACAGGAUACAGCAAGGGGUAUGCGUUUGUGUACUUCAACACUGUGGAGGACGCAGCAAAGGUGAAGGAAACCCUCACCAACCAGAUAUUCAACGGCGCAGCCAUCCGGGUUGACUACUCCAUCACGCCGGCGGGGCACAAGGAAGAAAAGAAAAAAGACGAGGAGGAGGGCGCGGGCGGGAAAAAGCCCGAAGAAAGCCCCCAGAAUGACGGAUAA